AUGACCCGCGCACUUGCACUAGCUGGCGACGGCGGGUUCGGCGGGUUCGGCGCGCUUGGCGGCGAGGCCGAAGACGUGGGCGAGCGCGAGGUCGGCCUGAAGCUGUGGGAGGGCAAAUACCAGUUCAGAACGGAGAUGCUACCCUCUUUCGUAGGCGAAGCUUUUGGGCGCAAGAUAUUCUCAACUGGGAAGAGUCUAAACUUUAUAAGGUACAGUUGUCAAGAUAGCGACUGGGUCGCCACACGGGAGAAGCUCAGCAACACCGGCGGCAUGCUGCAAUACAGCGACAUCGUGGGGCUUGAGCGGUCCAUCGACACCGCAUACCAAAUUGCGAGCCGUCGCCUAUUUGACAUCUUCUUCGAAAAGUACGGCCUCCUACAACACCUCCGCGCGCUGAAGCAGUACUUGCUCCUCGGACACGGCGACUUCGCCGAUCAGCUCAUGGAGUCCCUGGCCCCGAACCUGGCCCGCCCCGCGAACACGCUCUAUCGCCAUAACCUGACUGCGACCCUCGAGACUGCGAUCCGCCAAUCAAGUGCCCAGUACGACCCGCCAGACGUCCUCCGGCGCCUGGACGCGCGGAUGCUCGAGUACUCCCAUGGCGAGAUCGGGUGGGACGUCUUCACGCUCGAGUACAAGGUUGACGCGCCGAUCGACACCGUCAUCGACUCCGAGGCGAUGAUCAAGUACCUGAAGCUCUUCAACCACCUAUGGAAGAUCAAGCGCAUCGAGAGCGCGCUGAGCAAGGGCUGGAUGAGGAUUGCAGGCGGCGCACGGACGUUCCUCCGCCUUCCUGGUACGUGCGCGUCUGCCCGCGGUGUGCCAUUGCACGGCUAACCGUC